AUGUUUCGGUCUUUGAUCCGGCGCUCGAACGUGGCGAAGCCUCCUACCCGUGGGCUGGAGUUUCUGCAGAAUCGCUUCACCAACAAAGGAACGGCCUUCAGCUUGAAGGAGCGCAAAGCCCUUGGCCUCGAAGGCGUGCUGCCGCCGGCUGUUGAGACCCUGGACACGCAGGUGAAGCGCUGCUGGCACCAGUUCAAGCUGCUGAACCAGCCGAUUAACCGCUACCAGCUGCUCCGCGGCAUCCUAGACAAGAACGCCACCCUCUACUAUGCGGUACUCAUGCACAACUUGAGCGAAACGCUGCCUGUUGUGUACACGCCGACGGUCGGUGAGGUUUGCCAGAGGUACGGUGAGCUAUACCAGAACGACCACGCACUCUACCUUGACUUAAAGAGCAAGGGGAACGUGAGCGGGCUUGUCAAGAACCUGGGGAUGAAGGACGUGGAUAUUAUCGUCGUCACGGACGGCUCACGUAUCCUCGGGCUGGGGGAUCUCGGCUGCAACGGUGUCGGCAUCAGCAUUGGCAAGUCCUCCCUCUACGUCGCGGGUGCCGGGCUGCAACCCAGUCGUGUGCUGCCCGUCGUGCUGGACGUCGGCACGAACACGGAUAAGAUCCGCGAGAACCCCUUCUACUUCGCCUCUCGCCAGAAGCGGUGCGGCGAUGCCGAGUUCUACGGCCUGAUGGAUGAGUUCAUGGAGGCUGUGACGAAGCAGUGGCCCGGUGCUGUGGUGCAGUUCGAGGACUUCAGCAACAACCAUUGCUUCAACAUCCUAUCGCGCUACCAAGAGAAGUACCGCUGCUUCAACGACGACAUACAGGGAACGGGUGCCGUGAUUGCUGCGGGCUUCCUCAACGCGGUGAAGCUGUCGAAGAUGUCCCCCAAGGAUCAUCGGAUCAUCUUCGUUGGCGCUGGCUCCGCGGCGACGGGUGUGGCGCAGAGCAUGGCCGACCUGGCCGCGCUCAAGUACGGCGGUAAUGCGGAAGACUACAAGGGCAACUUCUACUUCAUUGACUCCAAGGGUUUGGUGACGAACACCCGCGGUGACAAGCUCGAUGCCCACAAGGUGUCAUGGGCCCGCAAGGACAUAUCGGCCGAGGACAACCAGAAGCUCAAGACCCUCGAUGAUGUCGUGAAGCGCGUGAAGCCGACCGCACUGAUCGGUCUCGGUGGCGUGCCCUCCGUGUUCACUGAGGGGAUCAUCAAGUUCAUGACCACCUACUGCGAGCGCCCCAUCGUCUUCCCGCUGUCGAACCCCACCAGCCAGGCGGAGGUCACGCCAGAUGAGGCGUACCGGUGGACCAACGGCAAGGCGAUCAUCGCCUCCGGGAGCCCGUUCCCAGAGACCGUCCUCGACGGGAAGACCCUGAAGCCGUCCCAGGGCAACAACCUCUACGUCUUCCCGGGCAUCGGGCUGGGCUGCUGCAUCGCCGCGCCGUCGCACAUCCCGCAGGGAACGCUGGUGGCUGCCGCGUCUGCCCUAAGUGACCUCGUCACGCCCGAGGAGCUGGAGAAGGGGCUGCUGUACCCCUCCAUCGACGAGGUGCGCGAGGUGUCUGCCCACGUCGCGGUCGCAUGCAUCCAGCACCUCCAGAGCGUGGGCCUCGCCAAGGCGGGUCUCCCGACGGAGAAGGAUGCCCUCCUCAAGCACGUCCUGGACGCCAUGUGGGUGCCCGAGUACCUCCCUGAGGAGUACUACCUGAGCUAA